CAAUAGCUUCGUGACACGUCGGCUCUACAAUGUCAUAGCGUGUUUUGCCCUGCUUGAUGAGCGCCCUCCAGGAGGAGCUACGAUAUGGCGCUGCUCCCUUCCACCAAUCGCGAUCUACAAUAUGACAAUGCCAAGCUUAGGCGGCGCUCGGCCAUUCGGGUGGUAGUACGAGCUCUCUUCUCAAGUGGAGUACGAAGGAGGUGCUGCUCGUCAUGCGGGCUAGGACAAUUACUCGCACUGCUCAUGUUGAUGGGUCUCGGGUACCUUGCAUUCCUCCAGCCGGAUCAAUCCGGUCACACAAACAACAAGAGUUUGCUGCGGAAUCUAGGGGGAUACAAUGGCCACAGGUGGAUGAAGGACAGUCCUUUCCUCAAAAAGUUUUGGAGCACACACAGGCUCCCGAACUUACCACCAAAGCUCCGGCUCGGCCUGCUUCGACAAGUCAGUAGCUCCGGCAACUCUAGCAACCAUCAAGAGAACGAGGUGAAGCUGCCAUUUAUCGCGGAAAGAAACAGCCCCGAGGAGCUCGUGUGGAUAAAACGCCAAGCUGCCGUGGUCGACGCUUUCAAGCACGCGUGGAAUGGUUACAAGCAGUUCGCUUUGGGAUUCGACGAGUUGCAGCCAGUGAGUAGAAGAGGUAUAAAUGGUUUAGGAGGGAUUGGAGCCACCGCGAUCGACGCUUUAGACACCGCUAUGAUCAUGGGACUAGACGACGUAGUAGAAGAGGCCGGGGGAUGGAUAGAAAAGGAGCUCGCGAACAGGUUUAGCCACCAGGGACAGGUAAACUUGUUUGAGACAACCAUACGAGUGCUCGGAGGACUUUUGAGUGCGUACCAUCUAAGCGGAGGUGACACUUCGGUGCCUGGUAUAGACGGGAGUAAGAAUGGAGUUGCUCUCUCGCCCGGACCGAAGCCCGAGGUCUAUCUGAAGCUAGCGAAGGACUUGGGAGACCGGCUGAUGGCCGCUUUUGAGGCGAGUCCGUCGGCGAUUCCAUUCUCGGACGUGGUUUUGUCGGCGAGAAGCGCUCAUCCGGCUGCCGGUGAGCGUGGAGCGAGCAGCACGUCGGAGGUGACGACUUUGCAGCUCGAGUUUUGGUACUUGAGUAAAGUCACAGGUGAUCCCAAGUAUGGAAAGGCUGCAAUGCGCGUCUUCGAGCACAUCAAGGGACUCCCUAAGCUCGAGGGGCUGGUUCCUAUUUACAUGAACCCGCAUUCUGGAACGUUUCAAGGGAACAACAUAAGACUCGGCUCGAGAGGGGACAGCUACUACGAAUAUCUGCUCAAGGUCUGGAUCCAACAGGGAGGCGUUGGCGAUGGACAGGAUGUCCAAUAUCUUCGAGAUAUGUACGACGAAGCAAUGGCGGGGGUCAAGCACCUUUUGGUCGCGAAGUCAGUACCAAAUGGCCUCACUUUCAUAGGCGAGCUUCCGAGUGGAAGAAACGAAGAUUUCAGUCCGAAAAUGGAUCACUUGGUAUGCUUUCUAGCCGGAAAUCUUGCUCUAGGAGCAACUCGAGGAUUUCCCGAGAAGGAUGCCAAGGAGUCCGGAUUCUUGAGCGAGAAGGACGUGCAGGAUCUGGCCCUUGCGAAAGAGCUAGCUAGAACUUGCUACGAGAUGUACAACGUGACUACUACCGGACUAGCUCCCGAGAUAGCUUACUUUAGAACUGAGGGCGAUCACACGGAAGGCAUGGAUGGCGGCAAGCCUAACGCUCAAUACAAAGAGGACAUCAUCAUCAAGCCUCUGGAUCGUCACAACCUUCUUCGCCCCGAGACGGUGGAGUCUCUUUUUGUAUUGUAUAGGAUAACUGGCGACUCGAUGUACAGGGAAUGGGGAUGGAAGAUCUUCCAAGCCUUCGAAGCUCACACCAAGAUCAGCACCGGUGGCUACAGCAGCAUCGACGAUGUCACGGUCGCGAAUUCUUACAAGCGAGACAAGAUGGAGACGUUCUUCCUGGGAGAAACGCUCAAGUACUUGUUCCUUUUGUUCGGGGAGGACGAUGUUUUGCCGCUCAGCUACUUCGUCUUCAAUACAGAGGCUCAUCCCUUGCCAAUUACGUGGGAAGGAGCAAACAGCGUUCUCUCAUGAAAAAGAAUGAAGAAAUUUUUUUUCCUUCC